GCUGGGCCGCUCGCGGGCUGGAGUUGGGAGCAGCGUCAAGAACCUCGACCUCCGCUGCUGCGGGAAGGGGCCUUUGGCGGGCCUCAAGCGAGGGAGCGAAUGCUCUACAGCUUUGGCGCCGGUGCUGACCCCGCCGCCUGGGAGGCCGUGACGGAUGCCGACUUUGGCGGUCGCUCGCGGGCCAAGUUGGAGCCCACCGAGCAGGGCACGUGGGUGUUCUCGGGCGCGCUCGAUCUCUCCACCGAGGGCACGGAAAUGAAACAAGCGGGCUACGCCGGCCUGCAGCCUCGCCAAAGAAAAACCAUAAAGAGCCUUGAUGGCUUUGAUGCGCUCGAGGUCCGAGCCAAAACGGAUGGACGAGUGUACAUCGCCAAUAUUAAGACCGAUUCGAUGGUGAAGCACCAUCUGUUCCAGGCGUUCUUCACCACGCGCAAAGACGAAUGGACCAAUGUUGUCCUUCCAUUCGACCGAUUCACGCUCACGUUCCAAGGGCAAGUUGAAGGCGAGUCCCUCCCCAUCGACCCGCGGCAGUUCCAGGCAGUGAGUUUCCUCAUGGCAGAGCGUAAGGACGGCGAGUUCAGGAUGGAGCUGGAGUGGGUCAAGGCCAUCAACACGCGUCUGCGAAAGGGCGCGCGCUACACCGGCCUCGUCCACGACCAAGACUAG